AUGUGGAAAUUUUGGGAUAGACCGUUAAUUUUAAUAACUAAAAGCUGAGGGCUUUCUAUAAAUUUUUAUCAAAAUUUAUUGACCAUAUUUAUUUGUUCUAUGGGAUUCUGCAAAUUUCUAGCGUUAUUAAUAAAUAUAUGGAGCACAAAAGAAGAAAUUGAACAAAGCAACUUAGCGCUCAAGCACAAGAGAAACCCUCGUUCUGGCAUCAAAAAAUUUCUUUAUAAGCCCUAUUUCAUCAAAUCCUGACAAAAUCAAAAGGUUAAUUGUCACAAAAAAUUUUCGAGUUAA